UUCAUUCCCGUUCAAGGCUAGGUCGAGAACGGCCGCGUCCUCACUCGACGGCUUAAGACUGAAAUUUUUAAACAUCGAUUAUAUUUAUUUACGUAAAUCGAUUUAAACGCCAAAUUUGCUUCCCCUCACUAACUAAUCGAGUCGAUUUAUUUUCGUGCUCAAUAAUCAGUAUGGUUCGAUAAGAAUAUGGUUUCGGUAAUGCCUAUCGUUUUUUUAAUUAAUUAACGCACGGUAAUCAUUGUUAUGUGAAUUUUUUUAGUGUCAUUUUUUUUUUAAAAUAUAAUAUGGUUUUGGAAAAAUGGAUAACCCCUUUCAAGAGACAAUGUUUCGUGGUCGCUGGCGUGUCUCUGAACAUGUCGCAGCUUGGAAUGGUGUUUGGAUACGCUGCCAUUCUCGUGCCACAGCUGCGAAAGCCGGACUCGCUCAUACCAAUCGAUGAAGCCUCGGAAUCUUGGGUCGCUGCACUGCCUGGAUUCGCUUUGGUGUUGGGAAACCUUGUGGUGCCACCGGUGAUGGCUAAAUUCGGGAGACGAAUAGCCAAUAUCAUCAGCAUAGUGAUCGUCUUAACUGGAUGGAUAUCCAUUACGUUAUCUACAGGCCUCACGCUGCUCCUCAUAGGAAGAUUCCUGCAAGGACUGUCCGUGGGCAUGGGUUCGUGUCUCAUUCCGAUAAUGAUAGGCGAAUACACAAGCUCAACGAGGAGGGGUCAAUUCUCAAUGUGCAUGUCAGUUAUAAUGGGCUUAGGUACGUUAGCAGUCCACACGGUCGGAUCCUAUUACUCGUGGAAAAUCACGGCCCUCGUGUGUUCAACAAUAACGUUCUUCGAUUUAAUAAUCGUCAUAUUAUCACCGGAAUCGCCGAGCUGGCUCGCGGCACAGGGAAGAUACGACGAAUGCAGAAGAGUGUUUAGAUUACUAAGAACAAUCGACGAAGAGGAGGAACUAGAUAAAAUGCUGGCGAAGAGUAAAGAGCUCGAAGAUGCGAAGAUCAUCCGUACCGGUUUCGUGGUUAAGGUUAAAGGAGGUUUUAGUUACAUAAACAAAACAAUAACUAGGAAGGAGUUUUACAAGCCAAUCUUUAUUAUGGUUCAUUUGUUUGCUAUGGGCCAAUGGGCUGGGAUCAACGUCUUAGCGCCAUUCACAGUUAACGUUAUUGAAAUAAUCGUCGGUAAGGACGUGAACAUUCCGCUAAUUACCGUCGCUAUCGACAUACAAAGAAUAAUAUCGUCUCUAUUCGCGGUUUACAUCAUAAAACGUAUAAAGAGGAGAACUAUGCUGUUUUCCACGUUAGGUUUGAACGCUGCUGUGAUCUUCGUUACGGCCGCAUACGUCUACUUCAAAUCCCGCGGUCAAUUGCCCUUCGACCAUCCAAUGAUCGGGAUAACUCUGAUACUAAUUCACAUGCUCUCGGUAGCGACGGGCUCUCUGCCUUUACCCUAUACGAUAGCGGGCGAAAUCUUCCCUCUGGAAUACAGGAGUCUGUCGAGCGGGAUAAGCGCCGUGUUCUGUUCGAUAAACAUUUUUGUUUCCAUCAAAACCUUACCGUAUUUAUUUAAAACGAUUGGAAUGCACGGAGCUUAUUGCCUCUACGGCGUAAUACUGGUCUAUUGCUUGACCAUAGCCUGGUUCUUCCUGCCAGAGACGAAGGAUAGGACGCUGCAAGACAUUGAGAACGAGUUCAGGGGGAAAAUGACGUAUCCUGAGGAUUUGAAGUCGGCGGAACCGUUGACGGUCUGGAAGAGUAAUGAGGAGAAAGCUUAGAUCCAACUGUGAUUGAUACAGAUAAAACAUAA